AUGUAUGAAUAUGUGUGCAUGAACUUACGACGCGCCGAGUACCUCAAAGCAAACGCCGUCAACCGAAGGAACGCAGACCGCGACGAACGAAGCACGUUAAAGAGUAUCUGGGUAAAAACGAACGACGACUUACAGAAGAGUAUUCACAUGAUGGGUCCCCUGAAACAAAAAAUUCGAUUGAAGGCGAUGAACCGGACGGCCAGCCAACAGCUAUCGUUUCAAACCGACCGACAAGCCGAAGGAAACGUGAGACGAAGUCCGAUCGUUUGUUCGGCUGGUCACACCAACGAGCAAUUAUACAAGUCGGCUGUGGUAAUCGCCGUUGCUGCAUAUGAUCAUAUAAUGAAUGAUGAACCGCGACACCCAAGGGACGCAGCGACACAAGGGUUGGUCACAAGCAAUCAGGUGACAAGGCACCAACGGUCGAUAAACGGUCACGACCCGAUACCACAGACAGAGGCGGAUGGACAAGGCGAAGUACUACGAAGCAUGAACGACGUCGAUGACCGAAGCCCAACGGACCGAUGGCUAUCGGUCAGCCGAGCCGAGGUCUCGUCGUCGUCGUGGAUCGAUCACCAGCACAGGCGACACAGCGACGCGACAACGACUACAAGUGGCAGUGGCGGUGGCUAUGGUGGCACAGUGACAACCAAGACGGCAAUUCUUUUCGCACCUCAGUCAGUCGCGCACCGAGGAACGCGGAAGUCGUCGAGCAUGAUCGUCGUCUGCGGAGGCAGCGUCUGUCGAGGAACGGGUUCGCAGCCGCCAAAGCGGGGCAGGGAGGGGGGGGGCAGGAAAGGAGCGGAGGACACUGUUCACCGUGUGUCGGGCGACAACCGGAAGGACCGAAAAGACUGCUUGCCCGCGGGCCACGGUGACGGGACGGACGGACGCACAGCCGUAGCUCGCACCGAGGGCUUCGCCUCGAUUGGACGGACGGAAGGGAAGGCAAACAGACGACACAAUGAGCGCAUGGCACCAGCAAGCAUCGUCAACGAACAAAAGCAGGCGGUGCACAACGCGUGUACCGCCACAGUGCCUGGCAAACAAGUAGUGCUGGCCAACGAGCACACUCGGUUUUCUUGA